AUGGAUUCUAGAUACCAAAAAUGUUCUGGACUUCAAGAUGAAGAAGACAGAUUAAGUUCACUUCCAACUUCAAUUCUCAUUGUUAUUCUCUCACUCCUUCCUAUCAAAUUCACUGUCAUUACCGGUGUGUUAUCAAAGAGUUGGUGUCGCCUUUGGACCUUCAUCACCGCUUUUCGCUUCAACGAAUCAACUAAUAAGGCUUUUAAUGCAUCUUCUAUCAUUAAUCAUGUUUUACCUCAACUUUUAUCCCCUAAAAUCAAAACCUCUGUACUCUUUAUCGAUGACCACCCUUACCAAGUCUCUGACUAUGAUUAUCCUCACUCAUUAUAUAAUCGCUACACAAGUCAAGAGACUUACCUUACAACUCUAGGAACCGAUAUCGCCUCGUGGAUUCAAUUUUUCUGCAAGUGCAGACUAUUGAGAUUGUCUGGGAAUUUUGAUGAAGAUUUUGAUAAAAGGGGUGGGGGUAGAGACAUUCAUGUGGUUGUUUCGUCAUCAAAAUUAAAGUCAUUGUGUAUUCAUACACGCAAUGUGAGGGGGAAAAUUGGGACCAUUCACGUAGAUAUUGAUGCCCCUAAUUUGAAGGUGUUUGAAGCUUCACAUGUAAGUCACUCGGAGUUUAGGGCCUUAGAAUUGUUGAUUGUUGAGGUUUCUGCUAGUGAUGCUGAUUGCCAAGGUGUUGGAUACGGAGUUAAGAUAUUUAAUAUAUACAUAACAUUGAGGAUGCUUCUAUAUACUUCUUUGUCACGUCAUAUUCAAGGUGUUUUGCAACGUGUUGUAAAUGAGGAAUUGCCUUAUAUGGAUUUUCAUGACAGUGAAGUAGAAGAGAGCUCCAGUGAAUUAGAGGAAUAA